GAACUAGCCAGCUGUGGAUGGAGUAAGAAGGAGAAACAUAGUCUCGCCCCCAACGUCGUGGCCUUUACGCGGAGGUUUAACCAGGUCAGUUUUUGGGUUGUACGAGAAAUUCUAACAGCACAGACUUUAAAAAUAAGGGCAGAAAUCCUGAGCCAUUUUGUGAAAAUAGCCAAGAAACUUCUAGAACUCAACAACCUGCAUUCUCUCAUGUCUGUGGUAUCAGCAUUACAAAGUGCUCCCAUCUUCAGGCUGACAAAAACGUGGGCUCUUUUGAAUAGAAAAGACAAAACCACCUUUGAGAAAUUGGACUACCUGAUGUCUAAAGAAGAUAAUUAUAAGCGUACUCGGGAAUAUAUCCGAAGCCUGAAGAUGGUUCCCAGUAUUCCCUAUCUAGGGAUUUAUCUUCUGGAUUUAAUUUACAUUGAUUCUGCAUAUCCUGCCUCAGGCAGCAUUAUGGAAAAUGAACAAAGAUCCAAUCAGAUGAACAAUAUUCUCCGAAUAAUUGCUGAUUUACAAGUUUCCUGCAGCUACGAUCAUCUCACAACCCUUCCCCAUGUGCAAAAGUAUCUGAAGUCUGUACGCUACAUUGAAGAGCUCCAGAAGUUUGUGGAAGACGACAACUACAAACUGUCACUCAGAAUCGAACCAGGAAGCAGCUCUCCAAGACUAGUCUCUUCCAAGGAAGAUCUUGCAGGCCCCUCUGCUGGCUCCAGUUCUGCAAGGUUCAGCCGGAGACCCACCUGUCCUGAUGCAUCUGUUGCUGGCAGCCUCCCCACACCUCCAGUCCCCAGACACAGGAAAAGCCACAGCCUGGGCAACAAUAUGAUGUGUCAGUUGAGUGUAGUUGAGAGUAAGAGUGCAACAUUCCCAUCGGAGAAAGCGAGGCAUCUCCUGGACGACAGUGUCCUAGAGUCCCGCAGUCCCCGCAGGGGUCUCACCCUCACCUCCUCCUGUGCUGUCACCAACGGACUCUCCCUAGGCAGUAGUGAGAGCUCAGAGUUUAGUGAAGAGAUGUCUUCAGGGCUGGAAAGGUGAGUGUGGCCUCAGCGCAGCCUCCCUCCCAGGGGAGGUGCUCAGGGCCUAGGGAGCUGAAGUCAGGCUCUGGGUAG